UGCCACACAGACGCGCACUGCAGUGCGUCUGGAUGCAAGAACUGGAGAACAUGUUGUUUUUGCUGCAUACUGAAGGACGUCUGAGCAAACCGCACGACUCACUACAGACAUUUGCAGUUUGUCCGUUUUACUCGAGCAGACACGCGCCGUCCUGUUCGUCACUUAUGAUCUACUGAAAUCCUCCGUGGUGUCACCGCUGGUCCAGCCCUGGUCCUGAUCCAUCCUGACCCUCCUCCUCCUCCUCGGCGCCGUCCCGUUACCACGAUGGACAAGACGCUCUUCAGCCCGCAUCCAAACAAAACCUCCGCCGGCCUGUCCUCCUCAUCCUCCUCGUCGGACCGUGCUAACUCUUCGAGGAAGCCGGGACGGACCGGGUCACACAGCCCCGGCUCCUUCUCCCUCUGCGGCCCGGCAGGAGCAGCGGGGAGUCGGGGCGCUUUCUUGGGGAGCAGCACGAAUCUGCAGCAGGCGCGCAAACGACAGCUGGAAGGAGUCCUGAGCAAAUACACCAACCUGAUCCAAGGCUGGCAGAACAGAUACUUUGUGUUAGACCCAGAGUUGGGACAGCUGCAGUAUUUCGUCAACGAGCAGGGGAAGAACCAGAAACCCCGUGGCUCCCUGCCCCUGAUCGGUGCUUCAGUCAUACCAAGCGACGAAGCGCCGCACAUGUUCAUUGUCAACUCUGUCAAUGGAGAGCUGUACAAACUCAGAGCCUCUGAUGCCAAAGAGCAGCAGUUUUGGAUGAACCAGCUUCAAGCCUGUGCCAGGCGCCAUUCUGACAGCAAUGCUAAGGUGAGGAAGCUGAAGAGUUCAGAUGAACACCUGGGCGUGGAGAGAGCCGGCGGAGGUCAGGAAACGCUGGGCUCUUCAUCCUCUGGUCGGACCCGCAGCUUCUCCCUCCUUCCCCACCUCACCCCAUCUUCCUCCCCGAGCUCCCAGAGGCACCUCGCCCACACGGCCUCACCCAGUAACAUCGUCACCAUCACCCACCACAAGUCUCCGGCGGCAGCUCGGCGUGCCAGGAGCCAGUACCCAGGACGGCUGCUGGAGGUCAAAGAGGUGAUGUCACAAGCAGAGGGCCAACAGAAGAGCCUGGUCCAGUCCAUUGACUCACUGCCCACUAAAGGCCCGCUCUCCUGCCUGGAUCAGGACCUGCUGCUGCUCAAAGCCACGUCAGCCGCAACUCUCAGCUGUCUGGGGGAGUGUCUGAACAUCCUCCAACAGACCCAAUGCCACAGCCAGACCUCCACCCAUUUGCAGACCCCUCACUGCAACCACGGCGCCCACUCCGAUGGUGUUCCUGUGUGGACUGUACCAAAAUCACCUUCUGCAGAACAGUUGAAGAACGGAGGUCUGACUCCUCUACGGUCAGCCAAUCCCUCCCCGGCUCACAGGAUAAGAAGCCUGUCCUGUGGUGCUGAGCACCACCCCGGGCUAGAGGACAUCAGCCCCACUGAAGAGGUAACGGAUACCGAGGACAACGAGGAGGACGACCUCGGUGUCCUUGACGACCAGCGCAGUAUCAUCCUCCACCUGCUGUCUCAGCUCAAACUGGGCAUGGACCUCACACGGGUGGUGCUGCCAACAUUCAUUUUGGAGAAGCGAUCUCUGCUGGAGAUGUAUGCCAACUUCAUGGCCCACCCUGAUAUGUUCCUGUCGAUAACGGCAGGGGCCACGGCUGAGGACCGCAUAGUUCGCUUUGUGGAGUACUACCUGACGGCUUUUCAUGAAGGCCGUAAAGGCGCUGUGGCGAAGAAGCCGUAUAACCCUGUGCUGGGAGAAACGUUCCAAUGCUCCUGGGAAGUGCCGCGGAAUAAAGUCAAACCGUUGGCUAGACUCAACCCCAGCUCAGCCAGGGAAAUGGGACGUGGCCCAAACAACACGCAGCAGGCCAAUGACUCAUCAGGAGGCUAUAGAGUCCGAUUUGUAGCUGAGCAGGUUUCCCAUCAUCCGCCGGUUUCUGCAUUUUACUGCGAAUGCAGAGAGAGGAGGAUGUGCGUCAACGCACAUGUGUGGACCAAAAGCAAGUUCAUGGGCAUGUCAAUAGGCGUGACCAUGGUUGGAGAAGGUGUUCUGUGUCUGCUGGAGCAUGAUGAGGAGUAUGUGUUCACGCUGCCCUGUGCCUACGCGCGCUCCAUCCUCACCGUCCCCUGGGUGGAACUGGGAGGAAAGGUCUCCAUCAGCUGUUCGAAGAGCGGCUACUCGGCUGCUGUCACGUUUCACACCAAACCCUUCUACGGCGGGAAGGUGCACCGAGUGACGGCAGAGGUCAAACACAACCUGACCAACACCAUCGUGUGCAAAGCUCAGGGCGAGUGGAACGGAACGCUGGAGUUCACCUACAGCAACGGUGAAACCAAAGUGAUCGACACGGCAAAGCUUCCUGUCACCAGGAAGAAGCUCCGGCUCGUGGAGAAACAGGGGAGGAUGGAGUCCAGGUGGCUGUGGCAGCAUGUGACCAAGUCGCUGAAGGAAGGGAACAUCGAUGAGGCCACAGAGCAUAAACACAGGCUGGAGGAGCGCCAGAGAGAGGAGGAGAGGCGGCGAGCAGCAGCUAACACACCGUGGACACCAAAAUACUUCACGAAAGAGGGAGACGGUUGGACCUACAAGAACCCACUGUGGAAAUCCACCUGACAGCUGAACAAAUGGAGCUUUCGCAGACACUUCCAGAGACUCCCCACACAGAGGUCAGAGGUCAGGGCAAAGACCUCCAGAUUUUUAAUCUCGCAGAGCGACAUGAUGGAGAUGAAAAACGCAGACAAGGUGCCAAAGGGAUCUCACUGUUCAAACUGAGGAGGGUUUGGACUAGAAACAUUUUUAUACCCAGUUAAUAUUACUAUUACAGGUAGACUAUUUCUAUUUUUCACAUAGCCAAGGCCUUUUUUGCACAUGCACAGAAAUGACACUUGCCACUUUUUUCAAAUAAAGCGUAUAUUAGAUUUAUUGCUGAGUUCAAUCCAUUUCAUCAUCUGAUUUCAUGUCCAAGACUUUAACAAACGAGAUUUAAUGAAGCAGGAAAGCUAAUUUUACUAUGAGAA